GUGUGUCUACAGCAACCCCAGCAAGAACCUUGCUGGGGAAUUUGAGGUAUGAAUUCCAUCUUGGUACAAUGUUUUUUUGUCAACCAUACUUAGUGCUAACUUGUCCAUCUGUAUAAAAGGUAAAAAAACACCUGUGGACCCCCACAAAGGAAAAACAGACAGAGAUGAUGCUGUGGACUCAUUUGGUAAGCGUUUUAGGAGUGACAGCAAGAACUUACCCUCCCAAUCUGAGGUCAGCAUCACAUGUCUGAACUAUAUUGCUAGGAAAGGGUUUAUUUCAACCAUAUUCUUAACUUGAUGACAACAUUGCAGAAGGUGAAGAAAACAUAUGUACACCCCCAGAAGUCAAAGACUGAAAGAGACGAUAGCAAGAACUUACCCUCCGAAUAUGAGGUCUGCAUCACAUCUUAACCAAAUUGCUAACAAACGUUUUUCUCAACCCAUAUUCCUAACCUUAAGUCAAAUAUCGCAGAAGGUCAAGCAUACGUCCAUGGAUGCCAUGGACUCCAUAGGGAGGCGUGUCAGACAUGACAGCCGGAAGAAAAAGAAGUCUUCACUCCUUCAGAGCGAGGAAUACGAAUUUUACACCCCCGCGCUCAGAAGGAAAAGAGCUCUAUCUCAACAGACACAUGACAGUAACGAUAUUAUGUACACACAGAAUAAGAAGAUGAAUCCCGGGAAAAGCAGCGCCCAGCAGCUAAAACAGCUCAAGGAGGACUUGAUCAAUUUUCAGGCAGAAAUAGAUCGAGUUACACAGAAUAUAGUAGUUGACUAUGUAAACACUACUCCUGAGACCGCCAAGUUGGUGAAGAUCAAGGACAUACUUCUAACGCAGAAGUAUCUUAAAUGCCUGACAACACCAGAUCAUUCCUCCUUUGCAGCUUGGGUGGAUGACGAUGUACUCGAUGCGGCGUUUGAACUCCUACGCCUGGACGGACUAGAAGGUGUACGAGACCAUGGUACCGUGUAUGUCGAAAGGUCGACCAUUGUCAACAUCCUAAAGAGAGAUGGCACAGUCCCGAAUUGUACCUUGGAUGUUUUAAGCGGCAAAUCAGGCACUAAAUGGGGAGAUAACUACCUGAAGCAUGACAUGAUUUUCCUACCUUCAAAUAUUCCCAACCACCACUGGUUCCUGGCUGUUGUCAACUCCCAAAAGAGGGAGAUUCAAAUUCUGGACUCACUCCAAUCACGCAACAACCGCAAAGAAGUAAUUGCUGCGGUGAGGCUCUAACAACAUUUUAUAUAACUUACAGUUUAUACGAAUAAUGUACUAAAUUGAGUGAUAUGUUACUUGCAGCUUCUUGGAAUGGAAACACAUAUUGAUAUAGCAGUGAUGGAAAAUAGAAUGCCAGGAAGUAGAUGGUCGGACACUCAAGUGGCUUCGUGGCCUAUCACAGACUAUGAAGUGCCACAGCAAAAAGAUGGGUGUUGAAAUACAUCCAAUAUUGGACUAGAGUGAGAUUGUCGGCAAUAUUCAACCAGGUACCUACAUCUUCCCUAUCUAACUU